CCAGGCCUCAGGUGGUGUACACCGAUCGCCAGCAGCCCUUCCCGUUCCAGGCCUCAGGUGGUGUACACCGAUCGCCAGCAGCCCUUCCCGUUCCAGGCCUCAGGUGGUGUACACCGAUCGCCAGCAGCCCUUCCCGUUCCAGGCCUCAGGUGGUGUACACCGAUCGCCAGCAGCCAUUCCCGUUCCAGGCCUCAGGUGGUGUACACCGAUCGCCAGCAGCCCUUCCCGUUCCAGGCCUCAGGUGGUGUACACCGAUCGCCAGCAGCCAUUCCCGUUCCAGGCCUCAGGUGGUGUACACCGAUCGCCAGCAGCCCUUCCCGUUCCAGGCCUCAGGUUGUGUACACCGAUCGCCAGCAGCCAUUCCCGUUCCAGGCCUCAGGUUGUGUACACCGAUCGCCAGCAGCCCUUCCCGUUCCAGGCCUCAGGUGGUGUACACCGAUCGCCAGCAGCCCUUCCCGUUCCAGGCCUCAGGUGGUGUACACCGAUCGCCAGCAGCCAUUCCCGUUCCAGGCCUCACGUGGUGUACACCGAUCGCCAGCAGCCCUUCCCGUUCCAGGCCUCAGGUGGUGUUCACCGAUCGCCAGCAGCCCUUCCCGUUCCAGGCCUCAGGUGGUGUACACCGAUCGCCAGCAGCCCUUCCCGUUCCAGGCCUCAGGUGGUGUACACCGAUCGCCAGCAGCCAUUCCCGUUCCAGGCCUCAGGUGGUGUACACCGAUCGCCAGCAGCCCUUCCCGUUCCAGGCCUCAGGUGGUGUUCACCGAUCGCCAGCAGCCCUUCCCGUUCCAGGCCUCAGGUGGUGUACACCGAUCGCCAGCAGCCCUUCCCGUUCCAGGCCUCAGGUGGUGUACACCGAUCGCCAGCAGCCAUUCCCGUUCCAGGCCUCAGGUGGUGUACACCGAUCGCCAGCAGCCCUUCCCGUUCCAGGCCUCAGGUGGUGUACACCGAUCGCCAGCAGCCCUUCCCGUUCCAGGCCUCAGGUGGUGUACACCGAUCGCCAGCAGCCCUUCCCGUUCCAGGCCUCAGGUGGUGUUACACCGAUCGCCAGCAGCCCUUCCCGUUCCAGGCCUCAGGUGGUGUACACCGAUCGCCAGCAGCCCUUCCCGUUCCAGGCCUCAGGUGGUGUACACCGAUCGCCAGCAGCCAUUCCCGUUCCAGGCCUCAGGUGGUGUACACCGAUCGCCAGCAGCCCUUCCCGUUCCAGGCCUCAGGUGGUGUACACCGAUCGCCAGCAGCCCUUCCCGUUCCAGGCCUCAGGUGGUGUUACACCGAUCGCCAGCAGCCAUUCCCGUUCCAGGCCUCAGGUGGUGUACACCGAUCGCCAGCAGCCCUACCCGUUCCAGGCCUCAGGUGGUGUACACCGAUCGCCAGCAGCCCUUCCCGUUCCAGGCCUCAGGUGGUGUUACACCAAUCGCCAGCAGCCCUUCCCGUUCCAGGCCUCAGGUGGUGUACACCGAUCGCCAGCAGCCAUUCCCGUUCCAGGCCUCAGGUGGUGUACACCGAUCGCCAGCAGCCCUUCCCGUUCCAGGCCUCAGGUGGUGUACACCGAUCGCCAGCAGCCAUUCCCGUUCCAGGCCUCAGGUGGUGUACACCGAUCGCCAGCAGCCCUUCCCGUUCCAGGCCUCAGGUGGUGUACACCGAUCGCCAGCAGCCCUUCCCGUUCCAGGCCUCAGGUGGUGUUCCUCCGUUCACCGGUGGCCAGCCGCCAUCCCCGUGCCGAGACACACAGUGUCCUGACCUGCCGACACACUCCCGGCCCAGCAGUGUCCGUGUCAGUGGCAGUUGUUUCGACGAGGGCCCACGUGACCCCCUGCCCCUGGACGAGGGCCCAUGUGACCUCCCGCUGCCCCCUGCCCCUGGACGAGGGCCCAGGUGACCCCCGCUGCCCCCUACCCCUGGACGAGGGCCCAGGUGACCCCGCUGCCCCUGGACGAGGGCCCAGGUGACCCCGUGCCCCUGGACGGCGGCCGUGUUGUGCCAGCUGUUCCGACUAACGCCCUUCUCCCCCAGGAGACCCCUCGCUGUCCCCCUGGACGUCUACCCUGGCCGGCGCCGCCUCUGCCAUCGAGCCCUACAUGACGUUUGGCGGUGACAGUAUGAUGUCCGCUGCUGAGCAGAGCUUCAUGGCCGACCAGACUCACGGCAGCGGCUCACUGGCUCUCGGCGGCGGUAGCGAUGAGUUCUCCGAGCACCCCGACUGGCAGGCGCGUCUGGAGCUGGACUGGUUCCCGCUGCUCAUACAGCAGAAGCUGCUGGAGCAGCAGCCGUUCGUCCAGCAUGACUGGUCCAGCUUCAUGACCGUCAUCUUCGAGCGCUUCUUCUCACUCGAGUGUCCCCAGCCGCGCAACCCGCGCCAGUGGUACACCAACAUGACGGCGCUCAUAGUUGAAAAGUACCCGCACCUGUUCGGCGCCAUGACGCUGCCGCAGAGACUGGCAUUCAUGCGGAACAAGUUGAUCCACAAAUUCAAGAACGGCCGUUUUAAGGUGCAGACGAGCAUGCGUCCCAAGCCGCCGGCCGCGCCGCUGCCCUGAUCAGUGAUCACGGACAGGGCACAGGGUCGACGAUGGAGCGGGGGCCGCGCUGCCCUGAUCAGUGAUCACGGACUGAGGGCACAGGGUUGACGGUGGAGCGGGGGCCGCGCCGCUGCCCUGAUCAGUGACCACGGACAGGGCGCAGGGUCGCCGGUGGAGCGGGGGGCCGUGCUGCCCCGAGUGGACGGCUCUGCGACUGGCCGGCCACAGCAAGCGGCCGCCGUCUUUAUUAUUGCUGGGCCUUGGUUGUGUUGCUCAAUGUUAAGUCAUUGUUUUGAAGCUCAGCUUUUUUAACGCGGUGUGAUUUUACCAUGAUCAUAAUAAUUACAUACAAUAAUUACAAACUAUUAAUUGUAGCAGUGAUUUUGCGAUGUUGCUUCGCCUUCCGGGCUUGUCGCUUUUUAUUCGAGUCACUUCUAGCUGUUUGAUUCGAGUUCUCUUCCUGUUUUGUUUCGCUUUUGGUUGGUUUUGUCACUAGGGUAUCAGAAAAUGUUGAAUAAUAGCUUGAUUUUUUGCAUUUUUGUUGACCUAAGGACGUCUGCUUAGAGAGCCGAGUGUUGCGGCAGCGCUGCCGUAUUAACUAGUAACUAGGUACUACAUUUAGUAGGUGUGAGCCGGGCCGUACAGUGGGUGUGAGUCGCACCGUGUAGAUUGAGUCGGACCGUGUUGAUUGAGUCGGAGCGCGAUGGGUCUGAGUCGGACCUCAGCGAGUCUGAGUCGGACCUUGUGAGCCGGACCUUUAGUGGGUCUGAGUCGGACCUUGUGAGUUGUGAGCCAGACCCUAGUGGGUGUGAGUCGGACCUUAGUGUUCAUUGCCAAUCGCUGCCGGAACUAUGUGGAGGUUGUGAAAUACAUAGAGAUUAGACAGCUUCAUA